CCUACCGGAUGUCAAGUGGUGUAUCACUUCCGCUCAGCUUGACAGGUGAGGAAGCAGUUCCUGAAGUUGCGUUAUGUUAAUGGGGUAGUGGGAUGUGGUUUUAAACCAAAUAUUCUGACCUCAUAUUCCUUUACACUCAUAACAACCGGACAGAACGCGCCUUCAUAAGACAGAGCAAGGUGGAAUAAGUAAUUUUUCGGACAACUUUAUACUUUUUGGAGGCCUGGGGGAAAUAUAAAACGUUGAGCUAACGAUAAGUAGCCACCAUGUCGUGGGAAGAAAAGCCUUGUUUUCUGGCCUCGCCUGUGUGCGCUUCUCUGCCCCGUUACACUGCACUCUGAACCCAACAACAAGCAGCGGUAACUUCACCUCAUCUGUCAAUGCAGCUAACAGUUAGCAUUAUAAAUUAACAACGACGGUUUAGCUUGCUAGCUUUGUGAGCCAUGGCGGACAGCUUUGGAGAGCAGUCCAGUGGUGGUGCCCUUGGCUUAGGCGUUACAGGACAGAGCAGUGGAGCUUCGCUGCUGCCGACUUUGGCUAACUCUCUGCCGGGGGGACACCCGAGCUGUGCUCCCUCCAGCUCUAACCCGGCCUCCCCUCCUCCCCCCGCGGCCUCGCAGAGUGGCCUAUCCGCUCUCGUAGCACCUAUGUCGACUGUUACUGCGACACCAGCCACUUACUCCUCGCCACCGGUCGUGUCCGUGUAUCCCAGCCUACACGUCUCCUCCUCUCUCCCCGGUGUUGGGCUAGGGGUCGGCGGGGUGGCAGGAGCGGGCCUUCUGUCCCAAAUCCACGCAACUUCAUGGGACCCGAGCCUCAGCACGGACUGGGACAACGAGAAGGCUUCACAGCAGUGCAUCCUGAGGAUAAAGAGAGACAUCAUGUCCAUCUACAAGGAACCUCCACCAGGGAUGUUUGUCGUCCCUGAUCCUCAAGAUAUGACAAAGAUCCAUGCUCUGAUCACAGGCCCGUUCGACACACCGUACGAGGGAGGCUUCUUCCUCUUCCUGUUCCGCUGCCCCCCCGACUACCCCAUCCACCCACCGCGGGUAAAACUCAUCACCACCGGACACAACACUGUCCGCUUCAACCCCAACUUCUACCGCAAUGGCAAGGUCUGCCUCAGCAUCCUGGGGACAUGGACAGGCCCAGCAUGGAGCCCAGCCCAGAGCAUCUCCUCUGUCCUCAUCUCCAUCCAGUCUCUGAUGACGGAGAACCCCUAUCACAAUGAGCCUGGAUUUGAACAGGAGCGUCACCCAGGGGACAGUAAGAACUACAACGAGUGCAUCCGCCAUGAGACCAUGAGGGUGGCCGUGUGUGACAUGCUGGAGGGGAAGGUCCCCUGCCCUGAUGCUCUUUGGAGCGUGAUGGAGAAGUCCUUCCUGGAAUACUAUGAUUUCUACGAGGGAGUUUGCAAAGAGAGACUGCAUCUACAGGGACAGAACAUGCAGGACCCGUUCGGGGAGAAGCGCGGUCGCUUCGACUACCAGGGCCUGCUGGCCCGCCUCAGCGCCACCCACAGGCGGAUACGGGAGAAAACCUUGGCGGAGGAGGAACACAACGAUGAGCCCUCGGACUCUGACACCAGCUCCUCAGGGACGGACCCCGACAGCCAGGGCUCCUCCCAGCCCUGACCCCCCCCCCCACCCGGACAGUGCUGGACUCAAUGCCAGGUCAAGAACUACAGACAAGAGGACGGGAGGAACAAAAUCACAGAAGAGAAUGCUACGUCUAAGUUGACUGAGUCCAGGGUUCACCAUUGGAAUUUAGAAAGAGGAGAAUUGGUUAUUAUAUAUUAAAAAAAAAAAAGAAUACCAUUCACGUAAAGUGCUGGUAAAUGUGGCCCGGUGUGUUUGUGACACUUUCAUUUUGAUAUCCUGACUUGAUGGCUGCCCAAAUGCCUGAUAGGUGUUGAGAUGAACCAGCCAUUGUUGCUUGUGGAGAAAAAAAAAAGUGUAGUUUCAUGACUCAAACCUCUCCAUUUUCCCACUUUAAACCACAAUCCCUGUGGGUUCUUUAUACCUUACCUAGGAAAGACUGUCUGAUGUGAGAAGCUCACUUUGGGGUGGAAGCAGGUUUGGGCCAGUGGAGGGGGGGUGACCUGAGUGUGCUGCAGCAGUGAAAGCCUGCUCUUGAAAGGGUCUCCUUUGAGUUCAAGGAAGCAAAAACAGACCUUUGAGUUCAAAAAGACGGUAGCUUAGGGUGAAGCUUUGUUGCUUCCAUACAGACAGUCCAGCUUCUUACUGCUUUAACUUCCAUUUCAUUUGACUUUGAUUUAGUUGACCAAGUAGCUUUUGUUCAAUAGAAACCUGUACUCUUAUAACAAUAUGAAUUUGUCAUUGUUCAGGUGCAUGCUUUUCACCACCAGAUGUCAGGCUUGGUGAAUAUUUGGUUUUGUUUCACUAUCCUAUCAUAAGGGGGAAUAAGGCUGAUUAGCCAAUACAUUUUCAGCUAACACUUUGUUUUGUUUCCAGCCACACAGGAAAUGGAGCUUUUGACAGCAUUGUUGCAGUCUGAUCACAACAAGACCUGUUCUUUAAAAACAAUAGGGGUUUGUUAGACACUCCGAAAGGAUAGGUUCAGAUAUAUUUCUAUCUUAAUGUGACGCUUGCAUGCCUUAUGUUCAUUUCAUGUUCAUAAUGGCUGUGAAAAUAUAACGUUUGAAUCCAAUUUAGCUGUGAGUGACACAAAUCAGUGGAGAUGUCUGUCCUUUACCAGCAUGCAUCUGAGCCAUGGUGGGGCGGGCGGGGGGGGUUCCAUGUGGGGAAACAUCUCGGUGGAAGGUAGAGAAUAAUAAAACAAAAAACACUAGCAUCAAAAGAUUAGCUUCAGGUUAACUUUGCAAAACAUCUGCAGUGCACUAGUAAGUGAUCUCUCCACUGCAGUAUGGAGAGGGGGCGGUUACUUAUUCAUCAAUAACUCUAACAGAUUUCAGACAGGAUGUGAACAUUUCAAAUACAAAUCUAUCCUUUAAAGGAAGAUUCAGAUAUUUGGAAAUAUGCAUAUUCACAUUCAUUAGCUAAGACUAAUGUCACUCGAGUGUGUAUGUUUAUUAUGAGGCAACAGUUAGCUUAGCAUCAAUUUACUAGCACCUCCAAUUUGAGGGAUUAACACAUUAUAUAUCAUAUAGAACAAACAAGGUAUGUUAUUUGUUACAUUUUGGACAGAGUAAGGGUAGCUUUUGUCUUUGAGCUAAGCUAACUGGGCUAGCUGUUUUUUUAACUAAGCUAACUGGCUGCUGGCUAAAGCCCCAAUUAGCUCAUGUAUGAAAAUAAGUAUUUUCCCCCAAAAAGUACACAUUUCAUUUUUAAGUGUAGCUAUUUCAAUCAUAGUCACAUCAUGGCCGGACAAAAGAAUGACUCGUGCUUGUAGUGUUUCCUUUCUGCCUUCCAUUGUCCUCCAGUGUCUGUGCAGUCGUGUUGAAGAAGAGAAGAGCCAAUUCCUUCUGAUGUCAAACCCCGGUCCCCUGGCAGAGGCUAGGUUGCUUCGAAUGGAAUAACUAAUAUAGGGCAUUUCUUUUUUUAAUUAGUUUUAUUAUGUUAUAGAAUGGUUAUAUGCGAAGCAGCUCCUAGCAGAAUAUAUGUGACUGCCAAAAUGUUGAGUGCAACACACUUCCUGGAGUGAAGAGGUCAUGUCCCUGUUUGGUUGUGUUGUGUUUAUAGCAGGGUUCCUCUGUGGCUCCAUAAGAGCCCGAUUACUGCAGACGGGAUAUUUUCCAGGUCUGCAAAACGUUGGUAUUGUACAGAAGUUCUGGAAGUGAAGUACAGAAUAAAAUGUUGUUCAGUCCUGA